AUGUCGACACACAAAGUCUCCGCCGUCACCAUCGACGAGUACGAAUUCCCCACGGGCGGCCACGCAAGAGGUUACCUGCUAUCCAUCGCCCUGAUGAUACUGUCCGCCCGCCGCAGAUUCAUCGAGCCAGGCUCCAUUCUUCACGAUCAACUCAUAGCCAGGAGCGCCACCGCCAGCAAAUACGCCAAGCGCACCCAAGACGUCCUCUUCUACUUCCUCUAUGGUGCGCAUAGUAUCGAGGCCAUCCACUUCGCCCUGACGAAGCUGAGAAAGCACAACGUCAAGGCUUUCAGCCUGCCCUGGUUCCAGUGGAUCAUCGCUGUGUUUGUGGGAGGAGUCAACGCCAAGAAGCAUUUCGACGCCGUUGUGGAGAAGAAGGAACUCAAGACUAUCAAGGAGAUCUAG